AACUUUAGGCUGUUCGGUUUUUGUUACUGUUGGGUGGGUGUUGGAAAUUGAAUAAUCUCCUUUGCAGUGAAAUUUGUUUUGUCUGCCCAGUCUGCCUGGGAUAGAGAGAGGGAAGAAUGGCAGUCGAUGUAACCAUUCUGAAGGUGGACAAUCCAUGGCGUUUCUGGUUGAAGGAGGCUCCAGGCCCCAGAAUGUCAAGUGAAACUAAACUGUUCCAGGAUUUAACAGAGAGGAUCCAAGAACACUGUGCAUCGCACCUUCAUAUCAGUAAAUAUGUACUACAACCAGAAAAAGGACAGCUUUGCUUGGCGAAAAGAGCAACUGAUAAACGCUGGUACAGGGCUAGAAUUCAAACGAUCAUGCAAUCCACCCAAGGCCCUCAAGCAAGUUUAUAUCUGCUGGAUUUUGCUGAAAGCAUCCGGAGUCCAACAAGCUGGUUACGGGAAUUGCCAAGUGAAUUUCUAAAAGUACCAUUGCAAGUGAAAGAGGCUCGACUUUACAAAACUCAACCUCUGACUCUUGAAACCUGUUUUGUUGAUUUGUCCGUCAGUUCAAAACCAUGUAAGAUGUGGGACAAGGCUGCAGUUGUGUAUUUUAAGAAUGCUGUCAAAGAGGCAACAUCCUCCAAGGUUGAGGUUCAUCACCAUGACAACUCAUCAAGCAUUUUCUAUGUGACCUUAUACCUGAAUAUGCCUUUAGAGGGCUUGAUCGACAUGAAUGAGGAUCUUGUGGUGAAACAAUACGCCAUCAAAAACGAAGUGGGAUUGUCUUCCCGAAAAUGUGAUGAAAAAGAGAAUGUUAGUACCUUUCAAAAAGUUGAUGUUGAUGGUUACCUGAUGAAGCAGUUUAGAGAAUAUGAAGAAAAAAAAGCAGAAAAAGAGGGAGAAUUAGAUGAAAUUGAAGAGAAGAAAGAAUCCAGAGCUGUUUCCAUGAAUAUAGGAGAAAAAACAAAUGAUGAUGACAGCAAAUUAGUAGAACAAAUUGAAAAGUUGGAGAACCUCAAAAAGGAGGAAAUGUUACGAUCUCUUAGUCAAACAUUAGAACGCAAUGUUCAUGGACAGUCGUGGGGUGUUCCUGAUGACGGAAUGUCUAAAAGUUCUGAGGAUCGCUGGUCCGAAACAGAGGCUACUUCAGGACGGAGGAAGCAGCAGGCAAUUGGACGUGGAAAAAUGAUAAUAGAUAUGCUUUCAAAAAUGGAUGGCAAUAACCUCGGAUCCCAGAAUAAGAAGAAAGAGGAGUUGGAACCAGUAAUGAUAUCAAGGAGAAGAGUUAACCGACUUGAAUAUCAGAGUCCAAAAACAUCAACUUUCACAUUCCCUCAAGAAUUGAGUGAAUCAGAUUCUUUCAGUACCUUUUCUCCAUCUCCUUGGUCAAAAAAAUGUCCUAAUGUUUCCAUCAGAGAUUAUAAAAAUGAUCAAGAAACAAGCACCGACUCGGAUACAUUUUUUUACACUAAAUCAUCUCGGAAAAAAUUAACAAGCAAUGAAAAUGCACCAGACAAUACAGAAGCAUCAUCAAUGAAAGCGAUGCGCGUGCAAAUGUCGCCAAUUCUCGACUCAGGAGAUGAUGCCAAUAACACAGUAGUUAAGUCCACACAGAAACGUACUGCAUCAAUGGCAGAGAUGAUAACUGCUUUUGCAUUAUCUGCAUCAGACACAUAUACGUCUAAAGAUUCUGAUUCCUGUGAAUUGUCUUCACCUGAUAGACAUAGAAGAAGGCGGCGGCGUAAUGUUCUUGAGAUGUUUGAGCAGUCUCCAGUUGGUUUGCAGACUCAAGCCUCAAAUGGCAGUUGGAAAGAACAGUCUGUGGAUAGUCAGGACAGUCAAAGUGUGGAUGGUAGUUUGUUGGGGCAGUCCCUUGAUGGUCAGCACAGCCAUAGCUUGGGUGGUAGUUUGUUGGGGCAGUCCCUUGAUGGUCAGCACAGCCGUAGCUUGGGUGGUAGUUUGUUUGGCCAGUCCAAUGAUGGUCACAGUCAUGUCUUGGAUGGUAAUUUUAGGGAAUCUUCUGAUGGUCAUCACAGUCAGAGCUUGGAUGGCAGUCUUGAGCACAUUAAGCGUGUUCAUUGGAAGCCGGAACUUAUCAAGGAUAGCACAGAUGGAGCAGAGGAAAAGCACAUGCAACAGAAGUUAGUUGGUAUUUUGAAGUCACCAAGUCCAGUGGCUAAAUCCAGCAAACUUUUUGAAGAGAGGUUUAAGGAAACUGAUUUUGGUACACCAAGUACUCUGACAAAAGAGUUUGACAAGAAAUUAAUCCAGGAAAGGUUGAAGAACCAACUUCUUGCUGGUCGCCUUCCAACUAAAAGCCAGCAACUCUCAGAGGAUUUCACCCUAGUACAUGGAGACCGCCCUCUAAAGCCUAUUGUUGAGCUUGAAGAAGCACCAUUCCCUGAUAUGUUUAAAAGAAUGCUAAAAAAGAAAAAUUUUUGUAGCCCUAGCCUGAUUCAGUCUCAUAGCUGGCCGACCAUUUUAAGAGGCAGGGACAUGGUUGGUGUGUCCAGGCAGAAUAGGAGCCAUGCCUACCUGCUACCCCUCUUCACUCAGGUUGUACAGCCUAGCGCUUAUAGUGCCUUGCCUAGGGGUACUGGGCCUCUAAUUAUUGUGAUAGUGCCACGAUGGAAGAAGGCAAAACAAGUGUACGACGAUGCCCAGAGUAUGCUGCCAAAUGCAAAAUAUGUGAGAGCAUUGGUAAUCCAUGGAGCUGGGGCUGAGGAAAAUAAGGAAAUUGAUCUAAUAAAUGGAUGUGAAAUCCUUGUUGGUACACCAUUAUGUUUCUUGCGUUUGCUGAAGAAAUCUCACCUCAAUACAGAAAGGCUUUGUCACUUGGUGUUUGAUGAUGCUGAUGUGGUGUUCUCUGACUUUACUCAAGAGGUACGAGAAAUUAUGCAGGAGUAUGGCAAGACAUUGCAGAACCAGCCAAGCCGUUCAGCUCCACGCCAGAUCCUUGCAUUCAGUUCCCACUGGACUGCUGGUCUUGAAUCAUUCAUGAAGGCCUACCAAUCUGACCCGCUUGUCAUCAUAGCUCACAAGCUAGAGGCAGCAGUGUAUGGUAGAAUCCGCCAUGUCGUGCAUACAUGUCCAUCUAGUCAGAAAUACAACAAGGUCCUUGAUUUACUAGACACGGCUCAUGCUCAACCAGCCGACACAAGGAUUGUGAUCUUCACACGGUACAAGGAAGAUGCGCUUAAUCUUCACCACUUGCUCUUAAGCUCCAGUCAUUAUGCAAUGGUUGUUCACGAUGCCAUGAGUUUAGAUGAUGUGGAGAAAGUAUGCCACGAAUGGAGGAUCAGCCAUCAAAAAGAUUCAACGCCUGUAUUAGUAUUCACAGAUGAUGUCGAGUUCACACUCACAAAUGCCACCUGGGUAAUUCAUUUUGACUUUCCUACCUCAAAGGGUACGUUUGGUCAACGUCUUUGGUCCUGUAGGGAUAGCUAUGUCAACCAACUGCAACAGAGCUCCAAAAAAUGUCAAAGUCUUUCUCAUAUGUUGAUUGGCUCAGACGACUACGAGCAUGUUUCUGGGUUUGCUCAGUUUCUGAAACAAAGCCGGCAAAAACUUCCACCCAAGUUGAAUGUGGAGAAAGCAAAGCAGGACAAAGAAGAAAGAAAGAAGACAGAGAAGUUAUGUAACAAACUGAAGGCACUUGGAAAGUGCAGUGAUGAGCGUUGUCGUUUUCGACACCUACUAUAUGCCGAGUUGGACAAUCCAAUGGUGCUGAAUGGUGAUGUCACUCUACCAGUGUCUGGAUAUGUUAAGGUCCUUAUAACUUAUAUAGUGGACGCAACACAUUACUUUGCUAGGGUGUUGAGCAGCCAACCAGAUCUUUCAAGUGCUGAAAUGCCAGUGGAAUCAGGAGCUGUCAAACUCAGCUCGGACCUGCAAAGCUGGUUUGGAAAUCCACUCCAUCGGGUGAAACACUUGGAUGCAAAACGUCUGGAUAUGUGCGUUAUAGAGGACAGUAGGCAUACGUUUCACAGAGUGCGGGUUGAAAUGUUGUUUGCUUCGCACGAUAAUACACAGAAUGCUACGGUUCAGUUGGUUGACAAUGGAAGAUUUGAGGUCGUUGCUACUGACAACCUGCUAGGCCUUCCCGCCCAUCUCUACCACAUUCCAUUUCAAGUUGUGGAAGUUUUCCUGUGUCACCUAAGACCUAAAGACCAAGACACCGAUUGGACAAACCAGGCUUCAGCUUUUGUGCACAAUCUCACUUAUCACAAGGAACUUUGUGGGAGAGUCCUUCUAAGCCUUGGAAACACACUUUGGUUGGAUCCCCUUGUAGAGAGGGUACAGCUCAGCACUAUCAAAACAGUUGUCAACGAACACAAUGUCAGACUUGAGCUGUUGAGGGCAGGCUUUGCUGAUCAUAAUCCUGAGCAUAUGAAAUUACUCAAGGAUUGCUGUCAAGGAAGAAUAGAUAUAUACUACCCUCCAAGUGACAAAGAAGAAAAGGACGUGAGCACAGUAUCAACGAAAGCAAUGCAACUAUCAGAGAAAUAUGUCACUGAAGUGUACCUGUCUGCCAUCGAUACACCUGACCUGAUCUAUGUCCAGCGCCUGGACAAGUACAAAAGACUGGAGGUAUUAAUGAAAGAAAUUAAUGAUAGAAUGGAAAAAGAAGCAAAGAAUGUGGCCCCGAUGGGAAGGGUUGCUUCAGUAGAUGGUGCUGGGGAUUGUGCAGGGGACAGCUUAUCAACAAAGGAAGAAGAAGCUAUGAAGAAAGGCUCAACAUCAGACGACAGUCUUCGAAAACCAGGGUCAUACUGCAUUGCUAAGUUUCCAUUGGAUGGAAUGUGGUAUAGAGGACAAAUUGUUGAAAAACUAAACUCAGAGGAAACAAUUUACACGGUUUUCUUCCUGGAUUAUGGAGAUCAGGAAGACAUUACAGAGAGCGACAUCCAUUCAGUUUGGGACGAUGUUUUACAGCUUCCAUUCCAAGCGAUAGAAUGCAGACUCACUGGGGUAUUACCAACAGAAGGUGUCUGGAACCAGGAUGUUGGCAAUGUAUUAUGGGAUAUAUGCAAUGAAAAUGAAUGCAAACGAGUGCUGGAUGCAAAGGUCAUAUCUAAAGAUUCCUCUAAAGUGAAUGGUGUUGAACGCUAUGAAGUUGAGCUAAGCUUUAAUGCUGCCACUCCGAGUAGCUUAAGCUGCACCAGCAGUGACCUGUCAGUGACCCUCGUCCUUCAAGGGUUUGCCUUGCCAUCCGACACAACCUUGCAGUAUAUGUUUCCUACCUCUGAAGAAUCUGACUCUGUACCUGCUCUCUGCAAGAUGUAUUUUCAAAUAAAAGAUGAAAAUGAAAGACUCUAUUUGGCUAGAAAUCUUUUGGAUAUUACCUCAAACAUUGCAAAAAUUGGUGAGACCUUUGAACCCCAUGAUGUACGUGCACUCUGCUAUGUUUGCUCAGUAGCUACUGACCCCAGUGAGAAGCAGUUGUUCAUUGAAGCCAUUAUCAAGGCCUCUUAUAACAGUUUCAGAAAUUGCGAUGAAAUUAGCGAACAUGGAUGUUUACAGCAGGUGUGUGCGCUGUUGAGUCAGUCAAGUGAAGAUGAUGUCAUUGAACAAGUACUUUGGAUUUUAAAGGUUGUCUCAAUUACGAAGAGAGUGCGAAACAGUUUGCAGACAUUAGAUGUUGUAGACUCCUUAUGUCUCCUGUUGUCAGGCAACCAUCAGAAUCCUGUAUUGAUUAAUUGCUGCAUAAUUCUCAAGAAGCUUAUGUCAUCACAUCCAGAGAACCACGAAAUGUUGAAGCAGGCAAGUGGAAUUAAAAUUCUAUGUGAUCUCCUGAAGAAGAAGAAGGACGAUACGGAAAUGAGCCAGGCUGUUCUAAGUUUACUCUCAGAACUAGCCAGCAAUAGCAGAUAUCGAGAUGACAUUCGGGAAUUUGGCGGUCUUGAAAUAAUGUGUGAAUUUCUUUGGAAUGUGGAAGAUGAAGAGAUACUUUCACUGUCGGCCCUGACAUUAAAAUUACUCGGCAACGCCAACCCAACUAAUUUAACGGCAAUGAUUAACGAAGGGAUGCUGGAUAGCAUUGAAAGUUUAUUGUUGCAACCUACUUUCUCUGAAGUAACUACACACCUGUUAUCCGAGUUGGACAUUCAACUUCUUGAAUUUAGCUUCACGAACAAAGCAAGAAUUGAUUUGGCUCAGAGAGCUAGUCUAGAAGGUGUAGAUAUAAAAGCUUUGGAGAAUGAGGGUGGUGUUAUGAAACAGGACACUAAACACACAGUAGCUACCAUUCCAAAGGAAAUGACACUGAAGUACCCUGGUUACCAUGAAGUUAUGUCACCACAUUAUGUAAACAAUGACGAUAAUGAUGUAGAUUUAUCUGGGUUGCCACCGUUAGAGGUCGCAGAUGACAUUAAACGAACUCAUCCAAAGGUAUUGUGGUCACAAAAACCGAAUUCAAUUUUGUUAAGUGUCCGGUUGAGUGGGGUUAAUGAAAAAGAGGUUGUGGUUACGAAACAUUCUGUAUUUUUCAGUGCAAUCAUAGACAUAGUUUGUUAUGAGUUUAAUUUGGAGUUGUUCGGAAGCGUGCUAACUGACAACCAUGUAGUCGUGGCUACGGGUAGCGAGGUUCUGAUAACGUUGUUUAAAGACAAAGAAAAUGUCCAAUGGCCAAGAUUAACCAAGUCGAAAUCAAAGUUACCGUUUGUGGGGAUUGACUUUGAACGCUGGCAAGACGAUUCUUCGAGUUCCGAUGAAAGUCACAAGGAAAAGCUUGUCAAACAGUAUCCUAAGCCAAAAUUGAAAGAAAAUACAAGCUCUAGUAAACCUCAAAUGGUGGUACUACCAGAAUUUGAUACAUCAAGUGAAAGUAGUAAAGGAUCAUCCAGUUCUAAUGGCGGGGAUGAAUUUAAUGUUUUGGAUUGAGUUGUAACAGUACUAUCAAACUAAUACAUUUACUAUCUAUACCUUAUGCUGCUAUCUCAUUGAUAGCAUAUCAAUGAGAUCAAUACCAAUAUCAUUUAUUUAAAAAAAAUUCCCCACUUUAAAUAAACGCCCCCUCGAAUAAACGUCACCUCUAGAGCUCGAUUUGGAAUAAACAGCUCCCUUGAAUAAAUGCUUGAGGCGUUCAUUUUUUUCCUUGAAUAAAGGGGCUCUAAAUGACUGUAAGCAAAUCUAAGGGAAACAACAUCAUUCUUAACACAUUCUAUUAAUGUUCUACUUCAGUAGAAUUACAUUUUUUGUAACCGUUUCUCGAUAAGUCUUUAUGAUCACGCAAUAACACAUUUUGACGGUAAUAAUGUGUUGUAGCUCAACAUUUACCGUGAAAUUGAGAGGUGUUUACUUGAGUAUACAAGUAUCAAUUUAACACCAAAAAAAAAUAAAUAACGCCUCCCUCGAAUAAAUUCCCUUUUAAAAACCUUCUCAAAAAUAAAUUUCCCCUGGCGUUUGUUCGAAAAAAUAUGGUAAUCACACCAUAUUAAGUCAUGACUCGCAUGUUUACUUCUUAUUAAAAUUACCCAGUAAAAACACCUAAUCACUGUAUUUGCAAAAUUAAAAUUGUUGAUUGUAUUUGUCUUCUUUUAUUUCCCUCUCAUGUUCAUGUUUUCUCUUGAUAAUUUCUAAUCGCAGAAAAUAAGUCUUUUAUGACUGCCAACAUCAAUAUACAUUAAUAGGCAAAUAUGAACUGAAGUAGCCUAAAUUAAAGAUGAAGAAAAUGGUGUUUUAUUAUGUUUACCCAACAGUUUCUGUAUUAAUUAGUGUUAUCAAUUACUAUUAAUAAAUACUGUCACUUUGAAAAUUUAAAGAAAAUAAUUGAAUUGUUUUUUUUAUAUAUUUAAAAACCAUGUUGUUUUUUAAUUGAAAAUUACAAUGAAAAUAAAUUUUUCUCUCAAGUUAUCAGUACUAUAAUUAUUGGAACUUUUCACUAAGCCACAUUCCCUGAGAUAUUAGAGAACUUUCGAUUGCACGACAAUGGUAGGACGUAAUCUACGUAUGCAGAGAACGUUAAUAUGUCCGGUAGGACGGUCACACAUGAGUGACACUACGAAAAGAUUUAUUAAUACUAUUCCUAUAGUCUGCAAAUCAUUGUAACAUAUGGAUUUCAAUACCUACAGUGAUUUGAGUUGUUGCUUGAUAUUGCAAGUUGAUGAAUCAUGUUUUUGAAAUAUGCAAUUCAAUGUUUUGUAUUAAUAAUUUGUUGUUUUUUUUUCAUAUUUCUUAGGUGGCAGUAUGUCUUAAUAUUUUUAAAAAAAGGUCAUUUUUCUAUCUUUUAAGCUUUCAGUCUGUGCAUGUUAGAUUUGUAAUACUUUAUAAAAUAUAUUUUUUUCAAUAUAUGUAAUAGAAGAGUUAUACAGAUCUUAACCUGUCUC